AAAUACUACCCUGCUCUCUUUUCCUUGCGGAAGCUCAAUUUCCCAUAGGCAUCUAUCUCCAUACUCUGACAGACACACAAAAUAGAGAAAUCAUCACAAAGAGAGAGUCACAUGAAAAUUGAAAUGGCCACAAAACAAGUUACUACUACUAUGGUUCAUGUAGAUGAUGAUGACUACAUUGACAUGGAACUAUGUAAUUCCUCCCCAAAUUUCUUCUCUUAUUCCCUUAGCUCUCCACCAUCCAACAGAGAGUUUGAAUUCCAAAUGAGUGAGAAAGAGUCAUUAACUUCUCCAGCUGAUGAUCUCUUCUACAAGGGAAAACUCCUUCCUCUUCACCUUCCCCCUCGUUUGCAAAUGGUUCAAAAGCUCGUUGAAAACUCCUCCACCAAUGCCAAAUUUGAGUACAUCAAAUCAGAUUCACCUUCAACAAAUGCCAACACCCCUUUUGAAUCCAACAUCUCUCCUUCAGAAUCACGCCGUGUGAGCAGUGAUGUGAGCCCAAAUGAAUACCAACUUGGGUGGUUUUCUGACAUUAACAAGUACAACCUUAGUGGUGGUGAUCUUCCUAAGAAGUCUUUGCCCAAGAAACUGAAACAGAUGAAGCAGUUCUGGCUUGGCCUGAGACUCAAGGCCUCAAGGGCUUACCUGAAAACCUUGUUCAACAAAUCUGGUUGCUCAGACAAGUUUUGUGCCAGUGCUGCAAGCAACAACAACAUGGGAGCGGAGAAGAAAUCAUUAAAGUGCAAAGAGUGUCAGAACAAGUACAUGAAGGUUGCAAGGAGAAACCCUUUUGAGAGUUUCUAUGAUAGCAAGGACCAGGCAACUUGUUCUGUCGUGAAGAGCAUCAGAAGAGAGAUGCUUGAAGUUGUUGAAGAUGAUUUCUGUGACCACAGGAGGUCUUUCUCUGGGGUUGGUCAACGACAUUGUUCCACAAAGGCUUCAUCUUUGUCCACAUCUUCAUCAGGGUCAUCUUCUUCAUCUUCUUCUUUUUCUUUUAGCUCAGCUGGGUACUAUGAUUUGCAACUUUUCAAGAGGAGCAUCAGUGCCAAUUAUGAGUUGGAAAGUUCAAUCCAGGGAGCCAUUGCUCAUUGCAAGCAGUCUCAGCAGCAGUGUGGUUCAAAGAAUGGUUCAGAUGAUAGAAGGAUUUGUUCUCAAUUUGCAACAAAAAUGCAGUUGGUGAGAGUUAAUGAAUAGCCACACUUGCCAGCACCAUAGUGUGUGUGUGUGUGUGAGUGAUAGUGUUGACUCUGUUGAGAAAACCUUGUAAGAGGAGAAAGAGGCAUUUUUAUUUGAAAUGCUAUAGCAUUUUGAUGGAGUUUACUGUUUGAAUUAAUAGCUUCCAGCAUUAAUUUGCUAAAUAAUAAGAUUAAAUUCUUCUGUU